AUGAGGACCCGGUCCUCCGCCGCGACCGCGCCCGCAACGGCCACCGAGGUCGCAGUAACACCUUCAAAUACAGGAAAACCACGGGGACAAUCCAAAUUUCUAAUCCUGCCUUCCGACGCUUCUAAAGAUGCCCGUUUUGCGCUUCUUGAGAAUCCAAGAACAGGGGUCAGAGGCCGCUACUACUUCUGCCCAAAACUUGGGCUUUUCGAAUUGACAGCUCUCACGCCGCCAGCCUCGACGCCCCGAAGCGUUUUGUUCGUUGAAUCCCGAUUAGAAGCGGACAAUGAUGACGGUGAUGAUGCACAGCAGCCAGAGGCUCCCGGUGAAAUGCAGGAUGGGAUAGAAGGGAGCGAAGGCGAUCAUACCGUGCACAAUGGCUCUACGUCCAAGACGGCAGAGGUUAUCGUUGCGACUCCGAUAGACGCAAUAUUCUUCUUACUACCGAUUCUUGCCCCGUCAACGACAUCAAAGUCAUCACGUCGGUUAUUCCAGCCGCUUGAUGACAUUCUCGACGCUCAGGAGGACCUCUCCAAACAUCUUCGAAGUUUCCUGCUCGACAAGGAGUUUCGAUCCAAAGUCGAACGUCGCAUGACUGCCAUAUGCGACACGGUCGAGGCAGGGGAAACAAUGUUCAGACUCAGUGAGGAGAAGCUAGUCACGGAGCUACUGGCGAAGGCUGAGAAGAUGGCCGGCGCUGGACUCCCGCCCUCAAUGGAGGAGCGGUUCGUUCGACGGGCGCUGGAGCUCCCAAUUCUGAGCAUCAGCAGGGAAGACAGCUCAAAGACCACCUCUACGGAGGUGUCAACCACGAAUAUAUCCAAAAAUGACCUUGACUCUCAAUCGUCGACAACUACAGUUUCAACCACAGCAACCGCAGAAGCCUCCUCAACUUCAGUAUCAAGUACUGCAACGCCAGCCACGGAGCUAAGCCAACCGCCUCUUCAAAACGACAAUGCGUUUCAAACCUCACAAAUAACACAUCUUCUUCGCAUACGCACAGCCCUGCAGUAUAUCCAAUCCUCCUACCUCCCUCCCCACCUCUCCACCAGAGUCGACGAAAUCCUCGCUUCUCCAUCUAGCCCCAAAGACUUCACGACCCUAACCGAACACCUAAAACAUCUAACCAAUCUCCGCGCAGAGGCGGCCGCCUCACGCUCCAUGUACGACAACUUCAGCCGCAAACGGGGCCUGGACGACGAAGAAGCAGAAGCGGCGGCUGAAAAAAGACGGAAACAAGAGGAAGAGGAGAGGAAGAAGAAAGCAAAGGAAUCUCGAGGAGUACGGGAGCUGAAGAAAGUGAAUACUUCUGGGAUGAAGAAGUUGAGUUCGUUUUUCGGAAAGAAAACUUGA